AUGAACGCGUCUGCGGGCACAGGAGUUUUUGUAUUGUCCUUGUUGUCAAUUCCAAUCUCAUAUUUGUUUAAUUUUCUGUUGUAUUCAAACAGUAUUGAAAUCGCUGUCUAUGCGGCUGUAUUAAUUAUUGUUGUCAUAGCGAUAUUUGCAAGACUUCUACUCAAGAAAAGGGCACCAACAGAUCCGCUUUUCUAUGUGUUUGCAGUUUGUGCUUUCCUCAGCGUGGUCAACCUUAUCAUCGCUCUGGAGCAGGAUGGCAUCAUAGAUGGAUUUAUGACAUUUUACUUAAAGGAGGCUGAUCCCUACAUUAAUACUGCUCAUGGACACAUGAUUUCCUAUUGGGAUGGCUGUGCUCACUAUCUCAUGUAUCUGCUAAUGGUUGCAGCAAUAACAUGGGGGGAGAGUUACAGAUCCAUUGGUCUUUACUGGGUCGGAUCCUUCCUAAUGCGAACUCUCGUAUACAUUCCUGGAAAUCUGGUGGGAAAGUAUGGAACCCAGGUGAGCUCUCUGUUCCUGAUCCAGUUGCUCCAUGCUGUGGUGUUACUCUGGUCUUGCUUCUGCAUCUUCAGUCAACCCCGCAAACAGGAGGCCCAGCCAAAGAAUAUGCUUGAUGUGCAAAAGAAGACUUUACUACAGAGACCUGUGGAUUUGCUAUUUGUCUUGUUCCUCGUUGUUGCCAGUAUGUUCUGCGUCUUUAGAGGCUUGAUCGUGUUGGAUUGUCCAGCGCAGUGGUGUCUGGACUACACAACCAGCUAUGAGCCUUACCUCCGAGAUCCGUCUGCCUAUCCUAAAAUGCAGAUGCUGGUGAACAUGCUGUACUCGGUGCCCUAUUUUAUCAUCACAGUCUAUGGGUUGGUGGUGCCGGGCUGUGCGUGGAUUCCGGACCUUACACUGGUGCAUUCUGGGGCAGUUGCACAGGCCCAGUUUUCCCACAUUGGUGCCUCCCUUCAUACCAGGACUCCCUUCACCUACAGGGUCCCAGCAGAAGGACAGCUCUUAUUCCUCAUGGUAAACGGGCUGUACAGUCUGGUCCCCCAGGCUCUGAGUUACCGCUGCGUGACCAGUCCGGCCUUCUUCCUUAAAGCCCCGCAGGACCAGAAGAGUGACUGA